GUUAAUCUUAUCUUUCCAACUUCAUUGCUUGGCCCAGAAAUAAUCUCCACGGAAACUUUGAAACGAAGCAAAAGCGCCAACUUAACCAAGAAAACAAUGGCAUCCACUUCAGCGCCGUCCUUGUACUUGCAAGGUAAUGCCCGGAAAGCAAGUUUUCCGUCGUCUACGUCCACAAGGCCACUCCGAACAACUCUUACCUUUUCAUUUCCACCACCUUUGACAAAAGUCAUAUGCGUAAAUUCCUUUAGCACUGCAAAGUACAAUGAAGUUUUUGUGGACGAAGAAAUGGACAGGAUUAGGAGGCUCCAGAACGGGUCCGAUGUUCGUGGGGUGGCAUUGGAAGGCGAGAAGGGUCGAACCGUAGACCUCACGCCGCCGGCUGUAGAAGCGAUUUCAGAAAGUUUUGGGGAGUGGGUCAUCAAUGGCUUGGAGAAGGGACGAGAAUCUGUUGAAGAAGUUAGGGUUUCUCUAGGCAGGGAUCCACGCAUUUCGGGAGCAUCGUUGAGUGCAGCUGUGUUUGCCGGUCUUUCUCGUGCUGGAUGCUCGGUUUUCGACAUGGGAUUAGCUACAACUCCAGCUUGUUUCAUGAGUACGAUGCUGCAUCCGUUUGCCUAUGAUGCUUCCAUAAUGAUGACGGCAUCUCACUUACCUUACACACGUAAUGGUCUGAAAUUUUUCACGAGGAAAGGAGGGCUUACCUCGCCAGAAGUGGAAGAGAUAUGCGAUAAAGCUGCCCGUAAGUAUGCAAAUAGGCUCACAAAAGUGUCGACAAUGUUGAAUACUCCCCCAACAAGAGUAGAUUUCAUGAGCAGUUAUGCGAAGCACCUCCGAGACAUCAUCAAGGAGAGAGUCAACCAUCCCUUGCACUAUGACACUCCACUUAAAGGAUUUCAGAUAAUUGUGAAUGCUGGAAAUGGAUCAGGAGGCUUCUUCACAUGGGAUGUGCUUGACAAGCUUGGUGCAGACACAUUUGGCUCUCUUCAUCUCAACCCAGACGGGAUGUUCCCAAACCAUAUCCCCAACCCCGAGGAUAAAAUUGCCAUGGCACUAACUCGAGCUGCAGUGUUGGAAAACUCUGCAGAUCUUGGAAUUGUUUUUGAUACUGAUGUAGAUCGUAGCGGUGUUGUUGAUAAUAAAGGCAAUCCAAUCAAUGGGGAUAAGCUUAUCGCUCUCAUGUCAGCUAUUGUACUGAGGGAACACCCUGGAACAACUAUAGUGACUGAUGCUCGUACAAGUAUGGCACUUACGAAAUUCAUUACCGCUAGAAGUGGUCAUCAUUGCUUGUAUCGUGUUGGCUACAGAAAUGUCAUUGACAAGGGAGUUCAUCUUAACCAGGAUGGUAUUGAAACACAUCUAAUGAUGGAGACAUCUGGUCACGGUGCACUUAAAGAGAAUUAUUUCCUUGAUGACGGCGCAUACAUGGUGGUGAAAAUCAUCAUUGAAAUGGUAAGGAUGAAGCUUGCGGGAUUGGAUGAAGGGAUUGGUAGUCUCAUAAAAGAUCUUGAAGAACCUAUGGAAUCUGUUGAGCUUAGGAUGAAUGUAAUCUCUGAGCCUAGACAUGCGAAGGCAAAAGCUGUUGAGGCAAUAGAAAAAUUUCGAAGCUAUAUUGAGGAAGGUCGGCUUAAAGGGUGGGAACUGGAUGCAUGCGGAGACUGUUGGGUGAGUGAGGGAUGCCUAGUUGACUCUAACGACACCCCAGCUGCCAUUGAUGCUCACAUGUACAGGGUUAAAGUUUCUGAUGAAGAGCAUGGAGAACAUGGAUGGUUUCACCUUCGACAGAGUAUUCACAACCCAAACAUUGCAGUAAAUAUGCAAUCCCAAGUUCCAGGUGGAUGCCAAUCCAUGACAAGAGUUUUCAGGGAUAAGUUUCUCAAGACAAGUGGAAUGGUUGGAAUCCUUGACGUCAAUCAAAUUGACAAGUUUGCAAAUAGCGGACGUGUAGUUUAAGUUGAAUUCAUCACUGAAAGUAGCUAAAAUCAUGAGGUUUAGUAUAAAUGCAAUGACGAUAUUGAAAGCACCAAAUAAGUUUGAAUAUGAUAAUGUAUAGCCAUGGUGCAUACCGCACUUGUAUGAUUGUCCUAUUUUGAAGAAAGAGAAAAGUGGUAUAUAAGAUCAGAAAUUGUUACCUUUUA